UCCGGAAACGGGCACCUGCCAAGGGAAGAUAAGUCGGAAAACACAUGUUAACGGAUCUACCGGGUCCGCUUGUGAAAUAUAAGAAGGAUAUCCUGGAAUACCUGUUGUUGACAUCAUAGUGACAUCAUGUAUUUGACUGUCUGCUGUAUGGCGAGGUCUAGGGGCCCCCAACGCUACUUUAAGAGGGCUAUGCUUAGAAGGAUGUCAUGGAAUUUCCUGGGCCGGAAACGGAACUGUUAUGGUAUCUCUAUUCGCUCAGUGAGACGGGCUCUCCAACACUCCAACAGAGCACGCUCUCAGAAAAAGAAGAGCAUGAAACAGCUGUGGGAGACGAGGAUCUCAGCAGCAUGUGGGGAACAUGGCAUCGGUCUGUCCAAGUUCAUGACGUCUCUGGCAGAGUCCAACAUUGCCCUCAACAGGAAGGUGUUGGCUGAUAUUGCCAUUUAUGAGCCGAGGACGUUUCAGAGCUUGUGCGAAUUCUGCAAACAGAGAUCAAGUGAAAUGGGUCUUGGCGCCGCUACGCUAUCGGCGCCGAGUGGUGUCAUUACAAGAGGCAUGCUCUAGCAGUGUGACUGUAUGACCAUGAUGACUGGUCUCAAUGUAUGACAGGUGCUGAGCACAUGGACAGAGUAACUAACAAAACGAGUGAUGGACACAGAAUUGCUUUAAAUUAUUGUUGAUUAUGUUCAAGAUCACAUAAACAUCAGUCUGAGGACGCUGUGUGAACCUUAUGUUCAACUGUCAUUUGUGCAAGUGCUUGUCUAUGCCAUUCAGUAUUUUCCACCAUUGUACAACCUGUAUACUGUAAAGUAUCAUUCCUGGUGUGUUCAAGACCACCUGAAGCAUGUUAAGAUCUGUCUAAAAUCAAGCUUUCUGAGCUUGUGUGAACACUUCUUGUGCAAGGGCUCUUUGCUUUGUAUUUAUGCCAUGAAUACAAGUUGAUUUUACUUAAGAGUUUUCUACAAUGUGAACUGUUCGUAAUAUGUGAUUGCUCUAUGCUAUAUAAUAUUUAUACCACCUUGUAUAACAUGACAAUUGUUUGAUGUUUUGUUCAUUGAUGCAUUGUGGGACCUUAGUCAAUGAAGCAUAUUUUGGAAGGGUUAUUGGAAUGAAUGCACCUUUUAGGUGAACCAGCCUCGACAUCGAGAAAAUAUUGAAUGUGAUGAUAGACAUAGGUUCAUGUUAUGGUACACUGGGUUAACCAUCCCAAGAAUCCUGCCCUUUCACAAGUAAAAGACUACAGUCUCAAAUUUGGUAUCACUCUCAUUGGAAUCGGAUACAAUGCCUCUCUGUGUGAAGAUCGGAAGAACCACACGAUUAAAAGGAAGGAUGUGUUUGUUCUUGAGCAAAUCAAAUGUCAGCUUCCUUAAACCAUUUGGCUUCAUUUCUGUACCACCUUGAUGUAAAACGUCUUAAUUUGUACAAAUUGAAACCCACAAACAUUUCUCUCUCACACACACACACGAGGGGUGGGCUGGGGUUAUUGUCUGAACUAUUUUUUUUCUCAAUACAGUAGUCAAUUAUACCUAUCUGAAUGCUUUUUCGUACUGAAAAUUUAUACGUCUGAACAUGAUUGGUUGAUCAGACAGUUCACCUGACGUGACCAAAGGAUUUGGAUGCAGAUUGGCAUGAUACCGGAGUGAAAGAUCUGAUGCAAAUGAUUUUGCAUUAUGAAGAUAAAUAACAAUGAGUACAAUAUGACAAACAUUUGGAUAUUUAAAGCAAUAGGUUUUUCAGUGAUGUCCAAAAUCCAAUAACAAAGGCAGCGAUUGAGCCAGGCUACUGGGUGUGUGUUUGAUGACAUUAGAAGUCUAUAGAGGUUCUUAAGGUCAGGACACCAGAAAGUGCGUGUGUGUGUGUGUGUACAUUGUGUCAAGAGAGCGUGUUAGAGCAGCGUUACCCUUGGUUUAUUUAGUCUCUGCCAAAUGUUGUUUGUAUAACUUGAAAUAAAAAUUAUAAGAGAAAUCCUGUUU